UAUAUUUCAUGCAGUUUGAGCCCUCAUGGUGAUGCCAGCAUAUCCGAGCACUUAGCCAGCUCCAUUAGUCGUAUUUUGUGUUCCAUUAGUCAGUAAAUGUGUCACACCUGCAGAGAGGGGAUUAUAAUCCUGACAGCAGUCUUCUAGAACAUCUAUAAAAAUCCCCUUCUGGCUAAUGCACCACAUACAAACAAGGCAAAUACAGAGGUGAGUAUGUCCUCAAUGAAGUUUGUUCAAUGUCCAUUAAGUUAGAAUUGCUCCUCUCAUUACCUAUUGUCUAAAAUGCUUGCUAAUGUUGGGCGAUGCUUGAUAACCUUUGGUCUGUGAGUGGUGGAGCUGGAAGAGAAGAGACUGUGACAUUAUUGUUUUUACUACAAAUUGCUUCCUUUGCAGCUCUAAUGGAAGCAAGCAGCAGAGUGAUGGUGCAGGUGUUGGUGUUGGCGUUGGUGUUCCAGGUCACCCUGUCUCAGCACUGGUCCUAUGGAUGGUUACCAGGGGGGAAAAGAAGUGUGGGGGAGUUAGAGGCAACUAUCAGGAUGAUGGGUACAGGAGGAAUGGUGUCUCUUCCCGAAGAGGCAAGUGCCCAGACCCAAGAGAGGCCGAGACCAUACAAUGUGAUCAAUGAUGAUUACAGUCAUUCUGACCGAAAGAGAAGGUUCCCUGAUAAUUGAAGAGCUACAAAAAAGAAAGA